AAAAAGACAAAUUACAAGAAGCAAAUAAUAUUAUGUUGGCAGAGAGAAAUAUUUUGAUGGAAAGAAUAGAUAGUAGAAUUAGUAGACAAAUGUUAAGAGAAAUAUAUAUAGAAAAGAAUACAACUGAAGAAGAAAUGGAAGAAAUAAGAGAAGAGGAAGAAGAAGAAAUAAUAGAAGAAGAAGAAGAAAUGAAGAAAGAAGAGGUGAAUUGGUAG